CGGGGCCGCAGUGGAGUCGGGGCGCUUCUGCUCUUCAGCCGCUGUGCACUGAGUCCAGAGGCAACGCUGGGAGAGUCCCCUCGACGCUCGGUCCCGAAAACGUGAUCAGGACCACCGGCUCAAAGCAGAGGCAGCUGCGUAGUCUAGCGGAAGCUGGUGGUACGGGAGUGCGGCCGAAGUCUGAGCUCUGCAGGCGGGAAGCACCCGGGAUAGGGGAAGCCCCAGGAGCAGCGGAGCUGCGCCUCCCUUACCCGAGGGGCCGCGGCGACGGUCGCGGGGCGCGGCGCCACAGCGCGCGACCCAGGCCGGUAUUGCAAACAGGCUGCCCAGGCUCCUCCUCCACCCGGGCCGCCUACCUGCGGACAGCGCUACGCCGCCUCUGCCGGUGUUGGAGGCACCUGCGCCGCCUUGCUCUCUGGUCUCCGCCCCUCGCCCCUCAGCGCCAGGCCCGGGCGGCGCACCUGGACGCGCGGGGCUGCGGGAGCCAGGGUUCGGGGCGCGCGGCGUCCUCGCGAGGACGCAGGUGGAGCGGGCGCGACUUCGUGGAAUCCGGCGCCGGCCGCUGCAGUCGUCCGGGUCGCUCCGGGUCCCGGGAACCUGGCCGUCUGCGCCCGCUCCUGGGGAGGAGCCGCCGCCGGCUGGGCACCAUGAACAGCAGCAGCUCUCACAUCACCUACGCCAGUCGCAAGCGGCGGAAGCCGGUGCAGAAAACUGUCAAGCCAAUCCCACCUGAAGGAAUCAAGUCCAAUCCUUCCAAGCGACAUAGAGACCGGCUUAAUACAGAGUUGGACCGUUUGGCUAGCCUGCUGCCUUUUCCACAAGAUGUUAUUAAUAAGCUGGACAAACUUUCAGUUCUCAGGCUCAGUGUCAGUUACCUAAGAGCCAAGAGCUUCUUUGAUGUUGCAUUACAGGCCUCCCCAGCUGACAGAAAUGGAAUUCAGGAAAACUGUAGAACAAAAUUCAGAGAAGGCCUGAGUCUGCAAGAAGGAGAAUUCUUAUUACAGGCUCUGAAUGGCUUCGUGCUGGUUGUCACUACAGAUGCUUUGGUCUUUUAUGCUUCUUCUACUAUACAAGAUUACUUAGGGUUCCAGCAGUCUGAUGUCAUACACCAGAGUGUGUAUGAACUUAUUCACACUGAAGAUCGACCUGAAUUUCAGCGUCAGCUGCACUGGACAUUAAACCCUACGCAGUGUGCAGACUCUGGACAAAGAAUUGAUGAAGCUAAUGGCCUCCCGCAGCCAGCAGUCUGUUAUAACCCGGACCAGCUUCCUCCAGAAAACUCUUCCUUUAUGGAGAGGAGCUUCGUGUGCCGACUAAGGUGUCUCCUGGAUAAUUCAUCUGGUUUCCUGGCAAUGAAUUUCCAGGGGAGGUUAAAGUAUCUUCACGGACAGAACAAGAAAGGCAAAGAUGGGUCAAUCCUUCCACCUCAGUUGGCUUUGUUUGCAAUAGCUACUCCACUGCAGCCACCCUCCAUACUUGAAAUUCGAACCAAAAACUUCAUCUUUAGAACCAAACACAAAUUGGACUUUACACCUACUGGUUGUGAUGCCAAAGGAAGACUUGUUUUAGGCUACACUGAAGCAGAGUUGUGCAUGAGAGGAUCAGGAUAUCAAUUUAUUCAUGCUGCUGAUAUGCUUUAUUGUGCAGAGUACCAUAUCCGGAUGAUUAAGACUGGAGAAAGUGGCAUGAUAGUAUUCAGGCUUCUCACCAAAGACAAUCGAUGGACCUGGGUUCAGUCUAAUGCACGCUUAGUGUAUAAAAAUGGAAGACCAGAUUAUAUCAUUGCAACUCAGAGACCACUGACAGAUGAAGAAGGAACAGACCAUUUACGAAAACGAACUAUGAAGUUGCCUUUUAUGUUUACUUCUGGAGAAGCUGUGUUAUACCAGGUAAACAACCCUUUUCCUCCCAUGAUGGAUCCCUUACCAGUGAGGACUAAAACUACUGCUUGUGGAAGAGAGUCUGCUACCACAUCAACUCUAAAUAAGGAAUCUUUCAAUCCCAAUUCCCUCCUGGGUGCCAUGAUGCAACAAGAUGAGUCUAUUUAUCUCUAUCCUGCUUCCAGUAACACAGCUUUUGAAAGAAAUCUUUUUAACAAACCUAUGAAUGAAUGCAGUAAUUGGCAAGACAGUAUGGCACCAGUGGGAAAUAACAGUAUCCUGAAACACGAGCAAAUAGGUCAGUCUCAGGACAUGAACCCAGCAAUCUCUGGAGGUCAAUCAGGGCCCUUUGCAGACAACAGAAAUAGUGACUUGUACAGCAUUAUGAAACACCUAGGCAUUGAUUUUGAAGAUAUCAAAGACAUGCAACAGAAUGAGGAAUUUUUCAGAACUGACUUUUCUGGUGAGGAUGACUUCAGAGAUAUUGACCUCACAGAUGAAAUCCUGACAUAUGUCCAAGAUUCUUUAAGCAAGCCUGCCUUCCAGUGUCCCGGUUACCAGCAGCAACAGGCCAUGGCUGUGAACUCAAGUUGUAUGGUACAGGAGCACCUGCAGCUAGAACAGCAGCAGCAGCAGCAGCUGCAGCACCAGCAAAACCUCGUAGCAUCGGAGCAGCAGCAACAACUGUGUCAGAAAAUGCAGCAUAUGCAAGUUAAUGGCAUGUUUGCCAAUUGGAGCCCUAACCAGUCUGUGCCUUUUGGUUGUCCGCAGCAAGAGCUACAGCAGUAUAAUGUCCUUUCAGACUUACCUGGGACCAGUCAAGAGUGUCCCUACAAAUCUGAGACGGAUGCUAUGCCUUAUACACACAACUUUAUCCCCUGUGAUCAGUCUGUGCUACCACAACAUUCCCAGGGGCCACAGUUAGACUUUCCCUUAGGGACCUUCGAACCAUCCCCGUACCCUACUACUUCUAAUUUAGAAGAUUUCUUCACGUGUUUACAAGCUCCUGAGAACCGAACACACGGACUUACUCCAGAGCCGCCCAUAGUAACUCCUCAGACGUGUUAUGCCGGGGCUGUGUCCAUGUACCAGUGCGAGCCGGAACCUCCGCACGGCCACGAGGCCCAGAUGCAGUACAAUCCAACCAUGCCGGACCCACAGGCAUUUUUAAACAAGUUUCAGAAUGGAGGAGUUUUAAAUGAAACCUAUCCAGCUGAAUUAAAUAAUAUAAAUAACACUCAGACUCCCACACACCUUCAGCCCCUUCAUCACACGUCAGAAUCCAGACCUUUCCCCGAUUUGACAUCCAGUGGAUUCCUGUAAUGCCGAGCCCAUUUUCACCAUGGAUGAAAGAAGAUUACAGAAUAAUAGAACUAUCAGUGUUGGACAUCAGCAACUUUACAUGGAGGCAUUGAUGUAUGUUGUUCGCACUAUUAUUCCAAACCAAAUUUUAAUGUUUUUAAGAGUUAAAAAAAAUUACCAAAACUACAUAUACUAUAGUCAUUAAAAAAGAAAGUGUACUGCCAGAGAGAGGGAGAUGCUAUCUUUGUUUCACUUUAUAGUCUGAGUACUAGAGAAUACACAAAAUUUAUUCAGGGGAACUUUAUGACACUUUUAAAUAAAAAAUUUCUGUCAGAAAAAAAUGGAAUACUUCUGAGUUUUCAACUUAUCUAUUCUUAUUAGUACACCAAAUAACAAACUAUUUCCUUUUAUCUUCUGCUUUUAUCUCAGAUGUUAAAAUAAGUGGUUUGGUGCUUUUAUAAAAAGAUAAUCUCAGUGCUUUCCUCCUUUGUUGUGUAAGUGCCUCACAAUUUUUUAUACCUAUAACACUGUAGGAUGUAUAUUUGAUAGAAAGUAAACUUUUUAAUAACUUUCUGCACACAAAUGUUAUUUGUAUUUCUUAAAUUCAGUCCUUUGUAUUAGUCCAGGCAUGUUUUAACUGCACUACUCACCCACUUUCUUCAGGAAAAGGGCAAGUUAUGAUUGAAAAAAUAUUUAUUACCUAGUUGCUUCUACAUAUUAAAUGUUGCUAUGUGCCUUACGUUGAAAAAUUUUGAAAGUAAAAUGUCUUUCCAAAUUAUUUUUUGAUCAUCAAAUAAAGACUGCAGCACUAAAAUGUCAACAGUGUUUUCGGGAGAAAGAGAUACACUGCAGCUUACCUUUACUGAAAUCUCCACCAUGGUGGUUCAGUGUUGCAGGUGUGCAAAGAUCUGCUUGAAUGGGACCGUGUUUAUCAACUUGCAACGAGGAGGAAGUAGAUUUCUAGCUCUUUAAUCACCAUUUCACUGUGUAUAAAUUCUUUCAAAACUACUUUAGACCUAGAAUGAACUUUAAGGUAGAAUAUGUUGACUUUAUAACUUUCACUUACUAGUACAGUGGAAACUAUUUGUUUUUUCUCAUAUUUGAGGAGCGUGAAGUUUGAACCUGGCAAUGUUUGAUGCAAAGUAUUGUUAUGAGUGACACGAUUGGUGCAUUUAUAUAGUUUAUAAUGAACAAAAUUAUAUUUAAAGUAUUUUCAAGCUUUCUUUUGAAAAUAGUCUAUACCUUAUAUAUGCACGUAAUUUGAGUCUUACAUAUAUUCUUGCGUCUUUUCAAAAUAUCAAAUAAUGAAUCCAACUGCUUUUACUUUGGUCUUAAGACACCCAUGCCAUUCUCUUAACUUCAAACAUUACAUUGUUUCUAGGAUACAAUGGCCUUUAUUACUGGGAAGGCAAAUGAUCCCCCUGCUAACUUUACUGUCCUCAGGUAAUUUUUAAAAAAGACUCAUUUAUUUAAAUGUGACAUCUGAAGGGCAGGCACAUUUUUCAUGUAUUCUAUAAAAAACAUGACGGAAUCUUAAACCAAGGUAUAGUAUUAAAAUGCACUAUUUUCACUUAAUUUUUUUUUUUAGUAAAUUAAUGUAUAUCAAAGUGGCUUCAGAAAAAAUAUGUCAGUUCUAUGAAUUUUCAGUUCAUACUUUGAAUCCAUAGAAUCAACUUAAGGAAAAAAACCAAUUUGUCUAAAACACUUCAUAAUUUGUUUCCAGUAUGAGGUAUCACUAGAGAUUUAGACCAGUGGUCUGGCUUAAUAUUCCAUUUUUACAUUUAAGCUUUUCAUUAAAAGCCUUCACAAUAACCAUUUUUGUUAGUGUCUUCCACAUGCCGUUGGGUGAAUUAUUUAGUGGAAAAAUAGGCUUUUUAAAGUGUGAAUAGAAUGACAGUUCUACACUUACAAAAUUAAAAACUUUUAAAGCAAUAUUGUAUAUUUUUAUCUAUAUAAAAUAAAAUGUAUCUAAGAAUAAUAAAAUCACAUUAAACCAAAUACACAUUUGUCUGUAUUGCUAAGUGCCAAACAGAGAAUGCUCCGUGUGCUGGUCUAAUGAGGGACUCAUUUCUUAGAUAAUGUGCACUUCUGAGUAUGUGGGUAUGUCUAAUUUGAACUUUUCCUAAACCGAGUUGUUCUUCCGGUACCAGGAGAUUUGCCUGUGUUCCAGUGUAUGAGGAAGCUUUCAUUCAUUACUCCACACCGACUAGCGUUUUUCAGUAUUACUAAAUUUUUGGUAGAUGUUUUCAUGACUUUUUUCUUCAAAAUAUUACUGCAUACCUAUGUCAUACAUAUUUUGUUCAAACUAUGAUUUAUAAUAUCCUUAUCAAACAAAAUUGUAUACAAUAAUAUAUGGUAAUAAAAUCAAGUAUGAAUAA